AUGGAUUCGGAUGGGUCCAAGGAGCCGUUGUUGCCCAGAAUGCCAAUGGCAACCUAUAUCCAGUUGUUCGAUAAAUCAGAGGGAAGCGGGAAUAAGGUGAGAAUUUUUUAAAUAAAUAAAUAAAAAUGAAAAUUUCACCUUUUGGGCCAUGUAUGCCCCUAUUUUAGACCUCCCUCUUCCGUCGACUCCUCCCGCAUAUCGCCCGACUUUGCCUCGUCUCCACGUUCAUCGAAGGAUCUUUCCGGAUCUACAGUGAAUCAACCCAACUCACUCAAUAUUUCCAGCAUGUUUGGCAUACAUCUGAAGGCGUUGCCUCUGUUUUGGUGGUCUACCAAUUCCUCUCUCAUAUAGUGCCGGUGUUUUUUAUCAUGUUCAGAUAUUAUGUUGGUCCGGCUGUAAUUGUAUUGGGAGUUACGGUCAUCGUCCAGGUCAUACUGUAUUACAUUGUGGUCACCUUUACUUUUUUGGCCAGGUAAGAAACUCAUUGUUGGCAAGUACGCGCAUACAUACACUAAAUAUUAUACUACAAAAUCUGGGGAAAGUUCUUGUACUACUUAGUGUACGUCACACUUAUUUCCUAUGACUUUAGGGACAUCUCAGUCUUUGGAGCUCUGAUUUUACUGUAUGCCGAGACCUUGGAAGAGAAGAAAUACUUUCUCUCCGGAUCUCAAGAAGUCACCGACAACAACAGGCCCAAAGGAUACAUGUUCUGCACUGGCCGAUUCUUGCUGUUGUUCAUGUUGUUUUCACUGAUCGAAUAUGACACCAGCUUCUUGCAGUUGGUAAGCUUUUUAAGUACAGGGGCUUUUUGUUCAUGCUCAACAUAAGUCAUGCAGAUGGAUUUUAAGAAGCCCAUGUCGCUGGAUCCUUAGAAGCGUUUGAACGACAUUUUCGGUCUAAGAAGUUUUCGUGGUGGUACCCAAAAUUCUGUUUUAUGUUGAACUAAAUACUAUGUGCCUAAGAUCUCAGCACGAAUAUUCCAUCCUGAAUAUGAGAAAAAAAUGUUCCAGAUGUAGAAAUAAUUUUUCAGCUGGACAUAGUAAUCGCCAUAGUUCUCCUUGUUUUUGUCACCAUUGGCUAUAAGACCACAAUCUCUUCGAUUAUUCUGGUGUUCUGGCUGUUAAUGCUCAAUUUUAUUUUACAUCCGUAUUGGACGAGCCCCGGCGGAUUCGAUGACUUCCAAAAAUAUUCGUUUUAUCAGACCCUGUCCGUCAUUGGAGGAUUCUUGCUGCUGAUUUGUUAUGGGCCUGGUGGAGUCUCAGUCGACUAUCAUUAUAAGAAAAAAUAA